AUGCAACUCACCAACUUUGCUAGACUCGUCUCCCUCACUGCUUUAGCAGCCUCCGUGUAUGCUGCUAGCGUCGGGACUUCCACCGGCGAUAUCGAAGUCACUGAUGCCGCCGUAUCUGGCUCUUACAUCGAUGUCGAGAUGCUUGACCCCACUGCAUCCAACGGCACCGUCAAUGUCAAGGUCCCCCUUGCAGGCUUUAGCAAGGACCUCUAUUCUUCUCUUGUUUCUGGCGCAGAGAAUGCGCCCUCCAGCGCGGCUUGUAUCCCCAAGGGUGAAUUUUGUACUUGGGGUUACUGGGACUGCUGCGGCAGUGCAGGCUGCCUGUUGGUCGGCAUUGUGGGCGGGGUCUGCACCUAG